UUUAUAAUUAUUUCAUCAAUAUUUUAUUUUUCUCAAUUAUUGUGCAUUAAAAAUCUAAAUACAAUAAAAAUAAUAAAAUAUAAUGAUAAGUUGAAUGAUUGUAUACAAUUGAGUCAACAUGUUUCACGUGUUUAUUGUAAUAAAUGAAGCCUGUAAUUCUCUUUUUUAUAUUUCCAAAGUUGAAAAUAAUAAUCCAUAAUCACAUUUUUAUAGAUAUAUAAUUUUUAAUUUGUAUUUAAUUUUAUUUUUUUAUAUAUCCGAAUUAGACCCGAACCCGAACCGAAAUCCGAAAAAAUCCGACGGAUCGGAUCUGGAUCUUCAUUUUUCAGACCCGGAUCCGAACCCGACCCGACUCGAAAUAUAAUGGAUCGGGUCUGGAUCUCAAGAAACCCGACCCGAUCCAACCCGUUGCCAUCCCUACUUGGCAGUGUUAUCGGUUGUGCAGUGAUCAUGUUGGGCCCAUAUCAGACCAUUGUCUGAGUGGGCUUAAACUUGUUUUGGCCCGAUUUGUAAGAUGGCGAGAUGAAAAGUUGCAGAUUGUUAGAAGUUGGCAAGGUGUACCCGAUCAGGCUUUGUGAAAAACAAUAUCGGAAUGUGCAUCACAAGAGCAUUCCUUCCCAAAUUGUUGUAAAAAGAGGAUAAAGAAAUUUUUAUGCACUAAUUUUAAAUUUCGGAAAUCAAAAUUAAUCCGUUGAUCUUUCGAGUUAUAAAAAAAAGGUGGAAUAAAGAAAGUAAAAAACUUUUAUGUGGUAAUUUGAAAAUUGGAAAUCAAAACUAAUUAGUUGACCGCUCAAAUUUGAAUUUAUUACAAAUAUAUCAUAAAUUUAUUUACAAAUCUGAAUUUUUUAAUCAAUAAGAAUUAACUAGUAAUUCAACAAAAUAUGUUAUAAAAACCAAUGAAAAAUUAUUCAGAAUUUUUAAACACCGCUGGGAAGCAUGUUUACGUUACAUUUGACUCAUCUUUUCUUUCUUGGGUGACCAAAGAUGAAACAGAUUUUUGAUUAUAUUACUCAGCUUCGCCGGCUAAGCAAGCAAUUAGCGAGCAAUUGAUUAAACCGAAGCAGCAAUUUCUCCCGCAUGAAAUGGAAAUGGAAAAGGGCGUGAAGAGAUGGUUAGUUGAUAUUUCAAAUUGGAAUCCAUCGCCCCUCGCUUUCUCCCACGCCAUUUCUCUGCUCCCCCCGUAUACUCACUCUUCUAUUACCAGAAUGCUGCCAUGUAUAGGUUUGUGAAACUAGAAGAUCAGAAGCGGACACUUGUGAGCCGGUUGCUUCAGUAUACGCUUGUACAUGAAGUGUUACAGAUCCCUAUAGCAGAGAUUCUUAUUAACCGCACCCUUGAGGGAAAACCCUUUCUGGAAUACAAGAAGUCAAAGCUGGCAUUUCCAAACUUUAAUUUUAAUGUGUCCCAUCACGGUGACUAUGUGGCAAUAGCUUCUGAGCCAAUAUGCCUGGUGGGUGUGGACAUUGUCUCUCAUUCUACUCCAGAGAAAGAAACAGUGCUCGAGUUCAUUCAGAACUUUUCCACAUACUUCUCAAGUUUAGAAUGGGACAAAAUUUAUAAAGCUGGAAGCGACGAUGAUAUCUUGCUUGAAUUUUAUAGUCUACACUUUCACAGAUACUGGUGUGUGAAGGAAUCAUUUGUCAAGGCAAUAGGAAAUGGAGUAGGUUACAAGUUAGAUGGCGUGGAAUUUCAUCACAGAGAGUGGACCAAUAUACGUGUCAAUAUCAAUGGAGCAGAAUUGAAGGAUUGGAAAUUUUGGCUUUCUAGUAUCGGGAAAAAUCACAUGUUGUCUGUAGCUAGGGGCCACCCGAGGAUUGCUGCAGAGAGUUACAGGAAAACACUAGACAAAACUCAGUUUGAUGAAAAUGAGUACAAGUUCGGUCUUAAUCUCCCCAAUUCAAGUUUUGUGCUGCGAACAGUUGAACAACUAAUCUCCAUCUUCCUCCAAUCACCAAAAAUAACAAGAAAUAUGUCACGUAAGUCUGACAACUCUGAAGAUAGAUCUCACGGCCAGUUAUUUUAGUACUCUGAUUUCUAUUUUUUUUUAUUCAAUCUUGCCUAAACUGAGAUACACUUGGUGGGAUGCUGGUGUCUGGUGACAUUAUAAUCCUUAAUAUUAUUGCCUGUAUUAUUGCACAUAUGCAAUAAAAUUCAUAUGAAGAGCUUUAGAUGCCUGUAUUAUUGCACAUAUGCAAUAAAAUUUUGUCUUUUUGCA